GCCCUGUCGCCCAACCCCAGCGGCCAACAGGUCGUUUCCACAGUCAGUCGCUUCCAGGCUUCUGCGCUCGCAAAGCUCUCGUCUCCGUCUAAGGCGGCCUCACUGCUCCCAGCUUUCGAUCUACACACACACACACACACACGCAUGGUAGAUCUGCGACCCAUCCCCGACGCGCAGGUCUUGCCGCCGUCUCCACGUCCUAGCGAGUUCAUCGAAGACGAGGACGAAGCUGAGUGCCGCGUGUGUCGCGGUGAGGCUGAGCCGGAUCGCCGCCUCUUCGCGCCCUGUAAGUGCAGCGGCAGUAUCCGCUUCACACACUCGGACUGUCUAGAGCAGUGGCUAGAGCACUCGGGCAAGAGCUUCUGCGAGCUAUGUGGUCAUGAGUUCACCUUCACGCCUCUAUACGACGCCAACGCGCCGGACGUUCUGCCCUGGACGGAGCUGCUGGGCACAGGACUACGCGUCGUACUACUCAAGUGGCUUCCCUUCGCACUCCGCGCCGCGCUCGUGCUGGUACUGUGGCUAGCCGUGGCUCCGUGGUGCACUAGCUGGCUCUACCGCAUGUGGCUGCUACGCGCCUCGGCCAUGGUGAACGUCAACUUCUCGGAGCGCUUCGACGCGCCACAUAUUGUCGCCGACAUCUUCUCUGGCGUAAUUCUCAUCGUGUGCAUCGUCUUCUCCUUCCUAGCGUUAAUGUCGUUUGCAGACUUCUUGAGGUUCCACUUGGACCAUAUCGAAGAAGAGAUGGCGGCAGAAGAAGUGCCACACCAUCACCAUCAUCGCCAUGAUGUAGCUCAGCCGAUGCGACGCGCACAAUUUGGAGAAGGUAACCACAUUGAAGAGAACGAACAAGAUGCUGAGCUUAGACUACGUCCCAUGUUUGAAGGCCCCAGAAGAUUGGGUAACUUGGACGAUAACGCCGACUCUGACUCGUCAGAUGAAGACGAAUGGGUCGAUCGGAACCGAGAUGAACCUUUUGCCGACGCCUUUAUCCAGCACCGAGAGUUUGGGCUACCAGAGCCUGUUGAAGACGCAGAUCCCGUCCCACAGCCACAGCAUGAACUAAGACAGCGACGACCGCUCCGUGACGCACCGGAGAUGGAAGAGCGUCGAAAUGCCGCUAAUGUACCGCCGAGAGGCGCACGCAAUCGUGUGGAUCCUCCUAAUAUGAACCAACGUGAGUGGGAAGACGAUUUUGAGCAUAUGGAGAUUAAUAUCGCGAUGGAUGAGCUACUUGGACUACGUGGAGACUUUGUGGUGCUGUUCCGUAACGUUUCCUGGCUACUGGCGUUCAACGGAGCGUAUCUCGGUUUGUUUGCGUUUAUCCCGUACACGCUUGGAAGUACUUUGUUGUCUGCGGGAGCCAGGAUUGUUGCUUCACUACCAAUUGUGUCGACGUUAACGUCGCUGGUCACAAUUGAGGCUGCCGCUGAUGAAGAAUUGUCUAUAGGUGCGUAUUUUGUCAAGACACUGCUGCAAUCUAUCGAGACAGCGAAGGAAAAUGGCGACUGCUUGCAACUGGUGGACAUUUGUACGUGUACGAUGGGUUACUUGUCGAUUUGCAUGACGAUCGUCUUGUGGAGAUUUAUGGUGAGGACCGCGUCUUCAUAUAUCCAUCGACCGCUUAUGGAUGGUCUUCUGUGGGCUCUGCGCUGCUUGACGGCUAUCGUAAAGGUGUCGACAUUGCUGUUGCUCAAGAUGGUGAUUCUGCCUAUUAUAUUGGGACUGUGUAUCGACUUUGCGACGCUCCAUUUGUUCAUGGUGAGUGCUCAAGACCGCGUUUCGUUCUGCAUGCAGAACAUGAUAUGCGCGCUGAUGGUGCACUGGGUACUGGGUAUUACCUUCAUGCUGUUCGUGACGGUCUCUGUACUGCAAAUGCGUGAAGUGGCUCACCCGGACAUCCUGGCUAAGGUGAUUCGACCACAGGAAGACCAUCCGGAUCUUCUACGUACGCUGCUGAGCGAGAGCUGUGUCAAGCACGCUCGUCGUAUGAUUCUGUCUCUUGUGAUCUAUGCAGCGCUGUUGCUGGUCCUCGUGCACGCUCCUGUGCGUAUCGCGAGCUUGUUGGCGCCGUCAUUUUUCCCGCUAACUCUUCGCUUCCAGCACUUUAGUCCAGAGAUCCAAGCCCCAUUGGAACUUCUGGUUGUUCACCUCGUGGUAUUGAGCGUGUUGGAGCACGCGAAAAACGACAUUGGGAAGUUCCAACACGUUGGAAUUGUGUUCGCAAGCGAGUGGUUGGGGCUGACAGAGUACUUGUUACCACAGACAGAGUUGGAGGUCGUUGUGAAUGGCCAGCGCAAGUCGAAGGUUGUGGUGCUGCCUCCUCCUCCUCUCCACUUCCACCCUCACGCACAGAUUCCACCUGAAGAACUACGCGUUGAUGGUCACCGUUACUUGCCGUGGCCAGAGGAUGGCUUGGAUGAUCCGCAGCCAGUGGAGUACCCGUUGCUCCCCAGAGAGAGACCGUCGCAUCUCUGGCUUCGACUUGCUGGACUAGCGAUCUUCACGUGGGCUGUUUGUGUCGUGGUGAUCGGGACUUUUCUCUUUGGCUCGCUGUUUAUCGGCCGGAUCUGCAUGGGUCCGUUCGAGCGUGUGUCUGGAAUCAACCACGACCCGCUCGUGAUGGCAGCUGGUGUUCAAAUUGUGUGGUACUUUGUGAACAGUGUUCAUGCUCUCAACAUCCUGAUGCUUCCGGAAGACCGAGUGGAUCCAACACUGGUUCAGCGUGGCUACUCUGUCCGCAACUUGACGCCAGCUAACGCAGUUACUUGUGUCGUGGGCUGGGCCUUCGUGUGUCCGUCCCUACUGGGUCAGCUGAUGUCUUCAUGUGUCGCCAGUGCAAACGCUACCUCGCUGGAGAGUUUCUUGAUGGGCUACUUGGUGUUCAAUCUGUUCGCGUGGUUGGUUUGCUGCUUCCGAGCGAAGCGAAAUCGACGCCGUAACCAGCGACAAGCAGCUCUUGAAGAGCUGGAAGCGGACGAGGAUGGAUUCUUGGAUGUGGACAAUGAAGACGAGCUUUUCGAGGACGAUCUGGAUGACGAUGAGCUUGAAGAAGAGGAAAGACAACGAAAUGGUGAGGGUGCUGUUGCUGUGGUAGAGCCUGUGGGUUUCAUCGCCUCUUUCCGCAAGGCGUACCGUCAACUCCAAUUCAACGUGACGGUGCACGAUAACGAGGGUAUUCGACUUCGUCGGGAUAAUAUUCGCGAGAAGUGUUUCGACGUGGAGUUUUUCCAAGUGAAUGUACUACAGCCAAUCGCGACGUUCCUUCUGGGGAUGUUAGUGGUGCCGUGGCUGCUGUCUUCUGUGGUCUUGCUGGUCUUUUCAUCCGAAAAGACCAACUUUGAGAAGACUGCCUUCGCCAUGUGCGCGUUCUGGGUCGGUACAGUGUUUGUGUUAGUGCGCUCGCACUCGCACGUGACCCGGUGGCUGUCGAAUCUGAGCGAGUCGAUCCGUAAUGAACGUUACUUGAUCGGCCGCCAGCUACAAGACAUGGCACGGUAGAAGGAACUUCUGAAGCACCAGGAGAUGAAGUACUGACCUCUGCUCCCAGUCAGGCGGUGGUAUAAUUGCGUUCACAUCUUCAGAACGUAAGGGGUGCCUGGCUGUCGACCAAGGCGGUCAGCAAUUCUACUCCAACUCCUGCUGCGAACCUCGUUGCGUGUAUUGACAUUAGAUUAGGAUGAGAGGAACUCAUGUGGAUAACAAGGCUCAAUUGAUAAAAAUUCUGCCACUUUAACAGA